AUGUCGAGCUUUGAACCGAAUGCAGUGAUCCGUGGCGCCCAACUGACGGUGGUUGGCACCGUGCGAGCUUUGAUAAACCCAAGGCUAUUUAAAUAUGAUCACUUUCGGCAAGCAGCCCUCGCCAUAGGGAUUGGAAUCAUCAUCCAAUUGAUCAUUCAGAUCCCGAUCAUUUCGCUCAGGCUGCUCAUCUGGAUCACUUCAUGGAUUGUCAACCUGGAGGAUGCUACAUGGGAUGAUGCUCUUCUCAAUAGCCUUGAUUUCCUGAACAAGUCCGUGUUGCAGGUGCCUUUUCUUCUCAUGACCCUGCUGAGAUACCUCGUUCCAACACUCGACGAGAUAUUCAUGGACUCCCUGAACUGGGUCGACACCACAUAUGUCCACAAGCACAAAACCGACGACCCAAACACUUUACGAGCGAUGUAUUAUCCAAACCUUGUCCAAUACCCAACGGCAAACGGCAAGGGCGAAUCCAAGCCGGUCGUUAAGAAACUAAUGGCAUUCCUGAAGAGGUACGGGCGCAAAGUCGGUAUGCUUCUUGGGAUCUACCUCGUUUCGCUUGUGCCUGUUGUGGGCCGCUUCGUGAUGCCGGCAGCCUCGUUCUAUACCUUCCACAGAGCCGUCGGAACCACGCCAGCAGCCGUCAUCUUUGGGACUGGUAUUCUGCUCCCAAAGCGAUACCUGGUAACCUUUUUGCACAGCUAUUUUGCUUCUCGCAGUUUGAUGCGAGAAUUGCUCGAGCCGUACUUCUCCCGUAUCCCGUUCACCUCGGAGCAAAAAAGCCGUUGGUUCAAGGACCGUGAAGGGGUCCUCUUCGGUUUCGCUUUCGCAUUUACGUUUGUCUUGAAGAUCCCAAUCAUUGGAGUACUCAUGUAUGGCAUAGCCGAGGCCUCAACGGCGUAUCUUAUAACCAAAAUCACCGACCCCCCACCCAGCCCCGCGGAGAGUGAGGGUUUUGCAGAGACACAGGUUACUUGGAAGAAUAAGCACGACUUCUUGAGGCUGUCCCUAGACAACAUUGAUAAGCUCAAUGUGGCAGCGCACGAGCAACCCUCUCCGAAGCCCGCAACUCCUGGCCGGAAAUUCGCUUAA